CAAGGCUGGUGUUUUUCUGCAGAGAUCGGCGUGGCUAUGCGGCCGCCUCGUCGGUCAGGCUGCCAAACAAAGUCCGCCUUGCCGGCAUCUCUAAUCCUGAAGUCGAACCACCGCUUGCCUCAUCUCGUCACUCAAUAAAUAAUGCCCCCCAGCUUUUUCUUGCAUAAUAUAUUCUCUAGUAUCGGCAAUAUCUUGCAUGAUGGCUGACCUAGACAUUGGCAAGACUACUCUAGUCUGCUCUUGGUUUUUCACGGUUCUCGCAACAGCCUCCAUCGUUAUCCAAGCAUUGCAUAUUCGUCACGUGCGACAUUCUGACCUUGGAGACUACCUUGUGCUUAUUUCAUUUGCUAUCGCUGUUAUUCUGGUUAUACAGACCACAUGGGCCGUGCUUGAUAAGGGCCAGGGUGUGCACGAAUCCGAGCUAGUAAGCAGUGACUUUGCUACUGUAGCGAAGAGCGUGUUUGCAAACGAACUUCUCUGGGGCCUCGUCAACACUCUAGUCCGCGUCUCAGCCCUUUUACUUUACCGCAAAUUGUUUGGAGUACACAAAACAAUUCGCCUACUAACGAUCAUCGUGAUCUUCGUUUCAGGGGCUUUCGGCGUUGUAAUAAUACUGACAUCGUUUCUCGUGUGUCGGCCCGUGUCGGCCGCUUGGGAUCCGUCUUCUUCAUGCAACGAGAUUCCUUCGUAUGUUGCCCUCGAGGCUUGUGGUUUAGUACUAGAUAUUAUCAUUGUAAUAUUGCCUAUUACUCCGAUACAGCAUCUCCAGAUCCAAACCAAACACAAAUGGCAGAUUUCAUUGGCACUCUCGGCAGGAGGAAUAGUCGUUAUAAUAACUGCUUUGCGUCUCCAGGCGUUACACCUAGUCUCAUCAACGGACCUCACACAUGACAAGGGAUACCUGAGUCUUUUGUCAAAUCUAGGCGCCUUGCUUGCCAUCACAUGCUGUUCUGCGCCAGCAAUAUCGGCAUAUUUUGUGCGACGCCAAGGUGGCUUUAUCAGGCGUACUGCUGCACAAAUUAAUUCCAUCUAUAUAGAAGCAACAUCUCGGCUGACAUUUAGAUCGAGAGUAGAAGAGGCCCCCAAAUGACUUUUUGGAACCCCCAUCUGGGUGCCACAAGGAGCUUCUAUUUUACCCUUUAUUAACUGAACCAAUUCGGAUUGGGCAAGGUCAAUGAAAAGAGUUCUUCUUUAUCAAUAACUGAACUAUCCUCCUGUUUACUGUUGAUGAUAUUAUUGCCUUAUAUUACCGGCGAAAUUCAGCAUUUUUGAGACAAAUUUAUACAGUGUGACGUACAUACUGCAUAUACCUUUCAGCAUGGGCAAAUCCAUCACAUGGCAUAUAAUUAUUGUUUAGUAAUCGUGAUAAUUGUCAAGUGUGUGCAUGAGAGACUAGGACGUGGUCGGAAGGCACAAUUAUUAAUUUUUUUUUGAAGGC